AGGGACAGAACGCGGAGGGAUCAGAGGAGGCGGGGUUAAAACGUAGGACCUGAACACCCUAUUCAGGGAGGGAGGAGGUGCCCGCGAGGUUGGCUCUGGGUUUCAGCAUAACAGCCAAAGACGGUUGAUCAGUUCGUGGACUCAUUACACGGGGUCUGGAUGUAUGUACAAGGGAAACAGGGUACUGGACUCAAAACUGGGAGAAGGAGGUGUAUAUGGAACUGACCCCAGGAACCGCAGCUGCUGACCUCUGAUCAGUGGAGCCCAGGGAACAUGGCUGAGGCCUACCAAGCCUCGAGCUUGCUGUCUUCACUGAGUUCCGACGGGGCAGAAGUACAGCUCAGCUCCCCAGUGUGGCAGGAGAUUUACCUCUCUGCCCUACGCUCCUGGAAAAGGCAUCUCUGGCGCGUCUGGAAUGAUGUUCUCGCUGGUGUAGUCCCUGCAACCCCCCUCAGCUGGCUUUUCCUCUUCAGUACAAUCGAGCUUGCUUGCCUCCUCCAGCUGGACCCUUCCCUAGGACUGAUGGAGAAGAUCAAAGAGCUGCUGCCAGCCUGGGGCGGACAGCACUAUCAGCUCCAGGGGCUCCUGGCAGCAGCAGUGUUUGCCUCAUGUUUGUGGGGAGCCCUGAUCUUCACACUUCACGUGGCUCUGAGGCUCCUUCUGUCCCACCAUGGCUGGCUUCUGGAACCUCAUGGCACCAUGUCCUCACCCACGAAGACCUGGCUGGCAUUGGUCAGAAUCUUUUCCGGGAGGCACCAAAGGCUUUUCAGCUUCCAACGUGCGCUCCCGCGGCAGCCAGUGCCCUUGGUGCAGGAGACCGUGAGCAAGUACCUGGAGUCUGUGCGCCCUGUGCUCGGAGACGACGCUUUCGACCAUGCUACGGCGCUGGCGAACGACUUCCUGAGAUUGCAGGCACCACGGCUACAGCUCUAUUUGCAACUCAAGUCCUGGUGUGCUUCCAACUAUGUCAGUGACUGGUGGGAAGAGUUUGUGUACCUGCGUUCUCGAGCCCCACUAAUUCAUAGCACAUACUACAUGAUGGAUUUUCUGUAUGUCACCCCCACACCGCUGCAGGCAGCCCGCGCGGGCAAUGCUGUGCAUACCCUUCUCCUGUAUCGCUGCCUUCUGAACCGGCAGGAGAUCCCACCGACACUGUUGAUGGGGAUGAGACCCUUAUGUUCCGCCCAGUACGAGAGGAUGUUCAACACUACACGGAUUCCAGGGGUGGAAAAAGACUACCUUCGUCACCUCCAGGACAGCCGACAUGUGGCUGUCCUCCACCGGGGCAGAUUCUUCCGUGUAGGGACCCACUCUUCGAAUGGCCUGCUGUCCCCACGGGCCCUGGAACAGCAGUUCCAGGACAUCCUGGAUGACCCCUCCCCAGCCUGUCCCCUUGAGGAACAUCUAGCUGCUUUGACUGCUGCUCCCAGGAGUAUGUGGGCCCAGGUGCGGGAGUCGGUGAAGACCCAUGCAGCCGCUGCCUUGGAGGUUGUAGAAGGGGCUGCCUUCUUUGUGUCCCUUGAUUCUGAGCCUGCGGGACUGACCAGAGAGGACCCUGCAACUUCCCUGGAUGCCUACGCCCAUACUCUGCUGACUGGCCGAGGCCAUGACCGUUGGUUUGACAAAUCCUUCACCCUCGUCGUCUUCUCCAAUGGCAAGCUGGGUCUCAGUGUGGAGCACUCAUGGGCCGACUGCCCUGUCUCAGGACAUUUGUGGGAGUUCACCCUGGCCACAGAGUGCUUCCAGUUGGGAUAUGCCACAGAUGGCCACUGUAAGGGGCACCCUGACCCUACCGUGCCCCAGCCCCAGCGCCUGCAGUGGGACCUCCCAGAGCAGAUCCAUCCGUCCAUCUCUCUAGCCCUGAGGGGAGCCAAGACCUUGUCUGGCAAUAUCGACUGCCACGUCUUCCCCUUUUCCCACUUCGGCAAGAGCUUCAUCAAAUGUUGUCAUGUCUCUUCAGACAGUUUCAUCCAGCUGGUCCUGCAGCUGGCCCACUUCCGGGACAGGGGUCACUUCUGCCUGACUUAUGAGUCAGUCAUGACUCGACUGUUCCUGGAAGGCAGGACAGAGACGGUGAGGUCUUGUACCAAAGAGGCCUGCCAGUUUGUGAGAGCCAUGGAUGACAAGGAGAAGACAGACCAACAGUGCCUUGCCCUGUUCCGAGUGGCCGUGGACAAACACCAGGCUCUACUAAAGGCAGCGAUGAGUGGGCAGGGGAUCGACCGCCAUCUCUUCGCACUCUACAUCAUGUCCCAGCUCCUCCAUGUGCAGUCGCCCUUCCUGACCCAGGUCCAGUCGCAGCAAUGGCUGCUGUCCACCAGCCAGAUUCCUGUGCAGCAGACACACCUGUUUGAUGUCCACAAUUAUCCGGAUUAUGUUUCUUCUGGAGGUGGAUUUGGGCCUGCCAACGACCAUGGGUAUGGCAUCUCUUACAUCUUCAUGGGGGAAAAUGCGAUCACCUUCCACAUCUCCAGCAAGAAAUCAAGCACAGAAACAGACUCGCAUCGGCUGGGGCAGCACAUUGAAAGUGCUCUGUUGGAUGUAGCCUCCCUGUUCCAGGUGGGACAGCAGUUCAAGCGCCAGUUCAAGGGGCUUGGGGAGAAUUUGGGUUAUAGAUACGGCUUUCUCUCCUGUAAGACUGUGGACCCCAAUAUCCCCACAUCCUCCACCAACUUGUGAACCCCUCAGCAGGGAGCUGGUCUCCCUCAGGACGGAGGGCAUUGUUUCCAGGGUUUGGCUGCCACAUACAGGGGUAUUGGGUAUUCCCACACCCACCUGGUAAUAAAGAUGUGAGUUGGGUGCAGUA